CUGGAAAGUCAUAGGAUCGUAGAAUUGCAGAUCUGGAAGGGAACCCAAGGGUCUUCUAAAUCAACCCCCUGAUAUCAGUGCCAUGUGGGGCUUAAGUGCAGAAAACGCGGGAGCUGCUGAGACGGGCACAGAGGCAACUACCGCAGAGGUAAAGGAUUAACCAUCUCGGAUGCUUCAAGUUUCACGAGUGAGCCUUUGGGACCUUCCCUUUUAAAGGCAGCUGCACUGCUGUCAAUCAGGCUGCUUGGAGCUCCCUCUAGCGGGGAAUGCGGCUCUGGCUAUGCGUUGCAAUCUCGUCCUCGCUCGUACUUUCGCUUUCUUCUUUGCUUUUUUUAGUGCGACGAUCGGGCGGGAGAGGGAAUAAAAGCGGGAGAGAGAGAGAGAGUUGGACGGAGAAAAGGCUAAGAGACCAGCAAGCAAAGCCUCCGAAGAGGGAACUGAGCUUUACUGCAAAAAAUUCGGACUGGCAGCAGGUAAGGAGCGCACCAAGAUCCACAAUGGUGGAAGACUUUGAGGUAGCCAUUUCUCAGGGCCAAUUGGCAGGCGCUGUGUCGCAUGUGCUGGCAAAACCACUGCACUUCUUCAACAGCACUCCUCUCAACAUUGCCGUAGUAGGAGAGCCCGGCUCCGGGAAGUCCUCCUUCAUCAAUGCCAUGCUGGGUCUUCGGGCCGAUGACCCGCGUGCUGCUGCGACUGGCAUACAGAUGACAACUGUGCAAGUCAAGGAUUACCCACACCCGACACUUCUGCAAGUGAUCCUUUGGGACCACCCCGGAAGGGGAACGCCAACCUUUGGAGAGGACAAAUUUGAGAAGAAGGUUGAUUUGAAUCACUUUGAUUUCUUCGUCAUCGUCGGCUCGCAGCGCUUCCGCUCCACCCAUUCUGACCUGGUCCGUGAGAUCCAAGAUAUGGGCAAGAGCUUCUAUUUUGUGCGCACCAAAGCAGACCUGGACCUGUCGGCCGCCAAGAGGCAACGGCCAUCUGACUACAAUGAGAAGAAGGUCCUCUUGCACAUCCAGGAGGACUGCAAAGAGUGCUUGGUAAGAGAAGGAGUGAGGGACCCACAAGUCUUCAUCGUCUCCAACUGGGAAGCCGACCGCUUUGACUUCCCCCUCCUGCAGGAAACGCUGAAGAACGAUCUCUUGCGGCUGAAGAGGCAAGCCUUUCUGCUCCGCUUCCCUAGCAUCUGCCUGCCUAUCUUAGAGAAAAAGAAAACCACUGUGGAGGGGAAGAUUUGGAUCAGAAGGCUUGUUCUGCUGGUCGCUUUUGGAAGCCCAGUUCCCUUCCUUCUCCCCAUAUUUCUGUUUAGUAAGUUCCGCUCCUGGUGCUUCCUAGACUUUGGCCUGGACGAUCCAUCCCUUGCAGCUCUGGCCCAGUGUGUUGGAAAGACAAGCACAGCCCUUAAAGCAGCAAUGCAGUCCCUGGGAAUGUUCUCUGCCAUUUUAUGGGUGCUGCCAGACUUGGUGGGACUCUCAGUGAUGGCUUAUGAAUAUCACCACUGGGAGCAUUUCCCCAUCUUUGGCUUUCUUCUGUCGGGAGGGAUUUCGCUUCUUCGCACCUACUUCAUGCUGCAGAAAUGCAUAUCGGGUGCUGCUGAUGAUACCCAGAGGGUUCUGUCCAAAGCUCUUGAGGCAGAGGGGAAAAAGUCCAUUUAGCAGCAAAAAGAUGCACUAUGAUGACUAAGUGCUUGAUAU